UAAGAAUUCUAGUGGCUCUAGGUGUAAUUUACCCGCCUACAACACACAAAAGAGACGGGGAAUCAUUAUCCUGCAUUCUUGCUGGACUACUACUCUACCAGUAUCCAGUAGGAGCUCACCCGCCGCCGGCGAAUUCCAAAGACGCCGUAAAUCUGAAGUUCGCCAGAAUUUCAAAACCCUGAAUUUCCCUUUCUCCUGAUGAUACAAAGAUGGACGCAAAUUCUUUGCUCCUCCGAAACCUCUCCACUUCCCCACCAUCUCCUCUGCUCUUCUUCAAUUUCACUCUUCCUCUCCCCACUUCCCACUGCCACUUCAACUCCAACAAGUCUUUGAAGCAAUUCAACCCGGCCACCGCCUCCGGUAACUCUGUGGCAGUCGUCAGAAGGUGUGUUGCUGGUAAAGAAGUGGAAAUCAUCUUGGAAGGCAUGCCCAACGAGUACUACGACGAUGAAUGGCAAGCCCAACAGCGAGAAAAGGCUAAAGAGUUGGAGAGGCAGCGGCAACUGGAAGAUGAAGAAGAAGAGAGGAAAAUUGAGGAGUACCGGGAAAUUGGGACUAGGCUCAAGGGUUAUCCACAAGAAGAUGUGAGUAAAGCUAAGAAGCUGAUCUCCAGCUUCAUCAGGGCAGCUGAAGAAGUGGAGGAGAGAAUCGAAGAAGCUGCUGAGAAAGGGGAACUUAACGAACUUGUUCUGAUGGUCAUUUGGAAUCGCCUUGAUCUUGCUCGACGUGAUGAGGAGAAGGAUGUCAUCCGGAGUCUUGAUCUUUUAUACAGGAGGGUUGAGGUAUGAAUUUGUUCUUACCAAAAGCGCCUAAGCUGAAGGGAAUCUUCUCUGUUAGAAAGUCAGCAUAAUUUUGGCAGUUGUAGUUUCUGGUUUUUUGCGUCUUUCUUCCAUUGUAAUAGUUGGACUUCACAUUGUAUUUUUAGACAGAGAUUUUGAAAAGGGAGGCUACUCCUGCGAUGAGACUUCUCAAUGAUCUCUUGAACAUGCAUGAUGGUUUCAACGACGAAGGCUGGCUGAAGGAUUGUAAGAAACUCAUGAUUGCUACCUUCCCACGUGAGGAUCCAUUUAGCAUUCUUGUUCCAACUGGGUUCGACAUUGACAAGCAUGAGGGGCCAAUUAGACCCCCUCCAGAUGCUGAAGAUGUUCUUCUAAGGGUAGAUUUUGUGAGAGAGGUUGAUGAACUGCUCCAAGAAGUGAGAGCAGAGCAGAACGAAGAAGCCGAUGCACAAGGGCUUGAUCCUGAAUCCAUAGCCAACAAGCUGAAACAGCAUGAGAAGCAAAGGACGAUACACAAGGUGGAAGCUCUUCUGGAGCUGGCUGUCAACUUGAAAGUGUAGCAGCGAUAUAUGUUAUCCCUUCUACCAAAUAGCAUGUGACUUAUAUUCCCAAGCCAUUUUUGUAAUCUCGUCUAGGACCAAUAAAGAGAAUUAUACUAUUCUAUCAACUUUGACUUCUGUACCUAAAAUUUUAAUUUCAUUUUGCCCCUUUUUUAUGCCAUUUUGAACUUCUCCAUUGCAUGAACA